UUGCGAUUUACGUUUUCAAAUUUACGAAGCUGCCAAUAUGUUUCAGUAAAUUUUUAAAAAGUUUAAAAUAAAUUAUCUUUUAUCCAUGCAGGAGGCAGGAGGUAGUGGUGGUGGGAUAUGUGCUCGAUUUUUUCAUUUCGUUUACCGACAGAAAAAAUAUGAACAAUUGAUGUUUGCAGUAGAAAAAUUGGUGAAUACUGUGAUGUUUGAAGCCAUGAUCAAGGACUACCCGGCAAGAUAUAAAGUCCCUUUAUCAGUUCCCUUCGCUGCUCCCAACAGUACUCCUGAAGAAACGAAUACGCGUAACUUUUUCUUGUAUCGUGAUUUGUUGAUUUUAUCUAAACAGAAAAAUAUGCCCGAUUUUGAGAGGCAAACUUUUAUCCACGAAGAAAUGGUGAAAACUGAAAAUUAUUCGAAGGUUAGGAAAUUUGUGAAACGUUGGAUGAACAAAGCAAAUGUGAAAAAACGAUCGUUGAUUUGGGAACAGCAAUUUGAAAAUAAGAUUAUCUACGAACGAGAUGGCGUCAUCGCUGCAGCUUCUGAUGUGCUGAAAAUAGAUGGUCUAAAGCGCAUCAACAAAGCAAAUAAUGAGAUAGUAAUAAUCAGGGGGUCAACUUGCACGGCGGGCGACCUGAGUUCGCAAUGUAGAUCUAAAUCUAAAAGCAAACUAUCGGUAUCAUUUAAAGAUAAUUCCAAGUCAGAAUUGGGAAACAGAGACUUGUCAAAUUUGGGAAAAACAGCCAAAUUGGAUUCGGUAAAUGCAGUGGAGACAAAAUUAGGUAGUGGAUCCAAAUCAGUGCUUGGAAAUUCAGAUAACUUAGAUUUGGGAGACGUAAAUAAAUCAGAUUUAGGAGGUGCAAAUAACUCACGCCUGAGAAUUACAGCUGAAUCGGAUUUUGGAAGCCCAGUGAAGUUAAAAUUCGAAAGUAAAGCCAAGACAGAUUUAGGAAAUGCAAACAACUCAAAUUUCGAAAAUGGAAUCAAAUCAGAUCUAGGAAGUGUAGCCAAGUCAGAAUACCGGUCCUUGUUUUCGAUACGUACGGCACAAAGUCAUUAUAUGGAUGCCAUCGAGGAUAGUGGGGAUGACCAAUCGAAUACCGACGAAAAUGAACAAAUUCACCGCGACAAAGAUGUUAGUAAAAAGAAAAGCGAAAGCCGCCGACCUUAAUUAGGGCCACUGUGCGUGAGAAGAAUUUCGAGAUCCUUGUGAUCCAGGGUUCAACCUCGAAUUCGUGCACAUACUAAAAUUAGAAAUACAUACUACUAGUUUAGCAUAUUAUGUACUAAUGUGGACUAAAUCAGCCAAAAAUAGAUAGACCUAAUUAACGAU